ACCAACCAACGAAUAGUUGGACUUGUGUUUUCCUUUCUGUAUUGUGUAUCGGUAGGUCUGGCAGAGUUGUGUUGUCACGUGGCUUUACUGCGACUCUAAAACACGAGAUAUAUAUGUGCACUAAACUAAUCCAGCAACCUGUGUGAGCUAAGCAACCUUCUAAUGCUGUGUUAAAAAACUACAAGUAAAAAGGGAGCGAAUUCAUGUGUUUCUUGCUGGAUAACUCCCACGUUAUAAUAACAGUACUAAAGAACCAGACUGUGAAUGGGAAUUAUUAAGGACACUGUGCAUUGUAUUGGUUGAGGUGUUUGACAUUGAGGUGUAAGGCGAACUAGACAAACAUCAGACGCCGUCAUGGCUUCUAGUUCCAGGCAGUCUGGGUUAGAAGUGAGGUCAGAGUCAACUUUCUUUGACCCACUCUUGUCUUCCUGGAUGACCCGCGAGCCGGUGCGACGGGAGAGCUACAGCAUCUGGGAGGAUGAUGAGUCAAGAAAAAAAGAAAGAGACUCAGAAACAGAAAUCAAAGAAUUGUUUCGUAUCUUUGACAAAAAUCAUGACAACACAAUAUCCAGCUCGGAGUUGGGUAAGAUGUUGACUUGUAUGGGGAUGGAAGUCUCUGAGGAAGAAGUGGAAACCUUGAUGAAAGAGCUCGAUAAAAACGGGAACGGAAAGAUCGAGUACCGUGAGUUCAAGGCGUUUAUGCAAGACGAGAUGAGGCGGAGCGAGGAAAACCCAGAGGAACAAGAGAAAGCCAUUCGCAUGGCCUUUAAGGUGUUUGAUCAGAACGGUGACGGCGUAAUCGAUGCGGCAGAACUGAAGACAGCUAUGAAAAACCUCGGGGAACCGCUCUCUGACAAGGAGCUGAACGACAUGAUGAAGCAGGCGGACAUCGACAAGGACGGCAAGAUUAACUAUGAAGAAUUUAUAAGAGUCUGGUCAAAGUCUAUGAAAUGACGGCUGAUCAGAGUGCUCUUCCCUAUAUCCCAAUCCUUGCUGGCAAAAUGGAUUCGUUUCUUCUAACCAGAUUUUUAUUCAACGCUCGGCCAGCUAAAAAAAAUGAAGCAAAGCUGCACUGGUGCGAUGAACAAAAACCUGAAAGGUGCUUUACUAUGUGUGCCAGGACGAUUUCAAGAUCUUUAAUUUGCCAGGAAGAACGAAACUUCAUUUUUUAACUUUUUUUUUUCACUGUAUCUAUAAAUUUUUAAAUACUAAUAUACAAGACACAAACUAUUUAUACACAAAAGCCUAAUGUAUACUGCGGGAGAGAGGUAUCUUAUUAAAAAUGUAUUAUUCAUAUUGUGUAAUAUAUAUGUUGUCUGUUGUACGAAUGCCACUUUGAAUCAAUAUAUUACUCUGUCUACAAAAAUUAAUAAUUGCUAACGAAAAGUCUAAAACUAAAAAUAUCGCAAAAAUUUAACUUGUUUUAUUUCACUUUAAAGACACCCUAUGCCAUUAUCACCAAAACUUAGUAAAGUAUGCCAAUCAUUUUCUAUUAAUUGAAUAUCACCUUACAAGUAAGAAAAUAACGGGUUAUUUUUCAGUAAUAUGUAAUGGCAUUUUCCAAAUGAAAAUUAAAUAUGAGUAUUUAGUGGUGAAAAGUUUAUCUACAAACAUUUAUUAAGAGCUAUAGACUAAUGUUAGUGGUGAUUAAACUUUUUUUUUCAUCUUUUCUGCUAAAUUUCAUAAUCUUUUAUGAUAGCAGAAUUGGGCAGACAACAUUUUUACAGAAUUCCAUUUGAAUUGUAAUAUAUUGUUACAAGGGGAAAUUAAAUUAAUGAUUUUUUUUAUUAUAGAUAAGUAAAAAGUUAUGGAACCUGGACGGCAAGGUAAACACCAGCUGCCAAAGAGUUAAUGCUGUGUUAGCAAAAACAGGUUAACCCUUUUCGUUUCACAAUUUCUGUAUUGUUUUGUGAACAAAAAGAAACGUACGGUCGAGCAGUGUCGGUUUUAACUAUAAGCAAACAGAGCCUCAUUAUAAUUGGUGUUUAUUUUUAAACUAAGAUUUUUUUCAUCUUAAAAGGGAUGUACAUUUUGUCUAUGAGAUUUGUUGAGGCCGCAGACGUUUACCAGGGUCCUGCCCUUUCUCACAGAUUUUCUAUUGCAGCACUGGAGCUUUAAAAAUCAAACAUAACAAAAACAGCAAACAACAGACGAAUUCUGCAAAAGGUGAUUAACAGUUUGUUUACUUUAGACACCAAGCGCCAUCAUUCCUUUAACCUAUUUCUCCCCCCCCCCUAACUUUUUUAAUUCUCUAGAAAUAAAAUUUUUAUCAUACAAGUCUACAAACACACUUUUGGUAGCCUUGACACCAUCUCAUUGUUAUCGUUUACUUUUUACUUUUUGUGUGUGUGAAAUUGUUUUUAUCGAUUACUAUCUUUGUACAGGCGGGAUGUAUGUAAACCUGUUGCGUCACAAUGACGUUACUAAAUGUUUUAGUGACGUCAUCCUAUAUUAAUAUACUUUCAUUCUCAGGCUAAGCAUUAUGCAAUUUAGCUUACGUGUUAUAUGUUAUAUAUAACAUUCUAUCUAUCUAUAUAUAUUUAAAUAAAACUAUAUCGUAUCGUCCAUUUUUUUAACUUUCGCUUUUCUGUGCAUAGGCUUGGUUCCUGUGCCUGUCUACAAGGACGUCUCCUUUUGGUGAAAAUGAGGCAUUUUGAUACAUCAAUUUUAAUACGUAGAUACAAAGUGAAUAUGUUGAUUGUUCUAACAUUCUAAGUGAAAAGCUUUACGCAAAGUUUAAUUUGGACCUAAGCUACUAAAAUGAGAUUCUAAAAUCAUUAGGCCUAUUAUAUUUCACUAAACCAUGCAGAGAAAAAACGACAGAACUAAAUCUACGGGCACAUAAAACACACACUCUCAAGAGCAAAUACUUACUUACACACACACACACACACACCUAUAUAGACACAUUUAUACUAUCGGAUCGUAUGAAUUUCACUUAUUUAUUAAUAUAGACAUGGGAAGAUUUACAAUUUAUUGUGUAUUUUUCGGUCUUAAUUUAGUGUUUUUCUAUUUCUUUAGGGGCUACCCUAUUCAUUUCGCCUAGGGCCUCCAAUCGCCUAAGGCCGGCCCUGGUUUAUAUUUAUACACGCAUACACACAGAGAGAGAGAGAGAGACGGAGAGAGAUUCAUCGCACAUAGUACCCACACUUUCUUGACUUUCAAUAAGAAACAAAAAUAAAUGUAUCGUCACAGCCUAUUGCCUCGCUCCCCCCCCCCCCUCUCCUUUUUCAAAUCAUCAUAUUUUCAAAGUUUUUAAAAAACUAAACAUUAAGGCAAAUUAAUACUAAUAAAGACAAUGUUCUUAUCAAGACCAUUUUAUCCCAUCUUGAAAGUUUGUUUCUUUUGGUGCCCCCAAAUCCCACGUUGGUUGAAAGUCUGUGAAAUGAUUUUCUGUCAUUCAAAAGCAAGUUUGAAUUCUGGCUUACUUUGGUCUAUGUUUGUUGUAUAGAUGUCAACCAGCCUGAAGCUUAACACUUCUUGUAAAUGUUCAUUCAUUGGUUUACACUUUUAAAAUUUUGCAAACAAAAAAAAUGUAUGUCCUUUUUAUGUAUAAAUAUUGAAAUAUAUAUUUAUAUGGAUUCA